AGAGAGUGCCACACGAACUAAGCGCGAGUAGUGUUCGCUGUGCCACCGCCGCGGCAGGACGGACGCGCAACCUCGGCUGACAUUUUGCUCUCUGGUGCUUCACAUACAUUCCGUCUUUGCCAAACCACCCUUCGCCAACAAUAUACCUUACAUUUAAAAUAACAACAAGGAUAAUGACACCAACAGCAACAGUUUCGAGACGUUAUGAACAACCAUUUCUCUCCCAUUACCAAUAAUUAAAUCUCGUUUGCUUCCCCCCCACCCCCCUACCCCCCUUUCUCCCACGGAAGUAUCCCCGAUGUGCAUAAAUAAAAACAUUACCCACAUGGCAACCCACGUGUCUCCAGAUACAUAGGUCAUCAUUAUCAAUCACUGGCUGCCCCUUUCCCCACCUCCCUCCACCCCCUUCCCCCCCAUCCCACACAACGACCUGUGAAGAGAGACUCCGAUAUUGUGCCAUAUAUCACGCACGAGCAUGAGGUGGUUGUGGCGGUUGUGGCUCAGGUCGAGUUUCACCAAAUUCUUCCCUUUCUUGGUGGUGACGGUUGUUUGUGUGCAUCAGAUCCUCACCCACGACCCAUGGCUUCAUUCGAGGGACAGAAGCGACGAAGUGGUCCAGGAGGUGGAGACUCAGAGAGAGGAAUCUCAGGGCACCGUCGCCGCCGCCGUCGUUGUCUCCACUCGGCCUCCCGACGGUCUUCCCCUUCCAGAGCCAUCCCUUUCUUCUCCAAGUGACUGGAUGGAGGUCGCUGGGUCGUCGAAAGAAGUGUUCGUGUAUUCCGCCUACCUCGAUCGUCGCGGCCACUUGAACGUCAUACGUGUUAUGGCCAUUAUCAGGAAACGAAAGAAGGUGAACGAAUGCCAGGUGUGGAGCAAAAACAGCACCCAGCGCUUCCCGGCCAAAACGCGAGUAAUCCACGAAAACUGGAACCUACCUUAUACAGCAGCUUUUAUCCUCUGCGAAAUCCCCGCCACGCUCGAGCCUACCCACGCGAUGCCAAUCCUCAACGGCGAGGUCGAUAGGAGCUCUAGUUUGUCUGUCAGGGUGUUCCCCAAAGGACCCCCAGUUGGGAACUUGAGUGUAUGCGUUAAACCCUUCCACUAUGAGUUCAAUAGAGCAGUGUGGUUGGUGGAGUUCAUCGAGUUCUAUCGGCUGCUCGGAACCGACCAGUUCAUAUUCUACAACCAUACGGUGGGCCCCGACGUGCAGGAGGUCCUCACCUUCUACCAGAACCUUGGGAUAGUUACAGUCCUCCCUUGGGCGCUGCCGGUCACGUCCCAAAAACAGAUUCGGACAGAAGGGAUCUUCACGGCCCUAAAUGACUGUAAUCUCAGGUCGGUUGGUCGCUAUUCCCUCGCAGCCAUGGUGGACGUGGAUGAGUUUUUGGUGCCCAGGAAGCACAACAGUCUGCCCGAAGUGGUCCAGUCACUUGGGGAAUAUGAUGCUUAUAUCUUCCAAAAUGUGUUCUUUUACCUGUACUGGGAGAACGACACGGCGGUGCACGACGCGCUCUACGGCCGCGAAGACGCCCUCGGGCCAGGCCUGUUUGGCGAAGAGGCCCUCGUGCCCUACCUCCUUACAGCCUACAAGACGCGACGGCUUAACACGCCCCACAAACCGGGCCAGCGGUCUAAGUACAUCGUCCGGCCGGAGCGCGUAGUGGAGGUCGGCAACCACGUUGUCUGGGAGCAUGUGGAUGCCAAGAAGGUGAAGAAUGUCCCCAUCGACCUUGGCCUUUCCCACCACUACAGAAUCUGUGAGUUUGGAGGGUUCGACUGUCUCAAGCAACCAAACCAGGUAGACCGACAGGCACACAAGUGGCUCCUCCCCCUGGCAAAGAAAGUGGCAUCCUCGUGCUCCAAAAUUUUCCCUUCGCUCGGCAGAUGUCCUGAAGCUCCUCCACUGGGCUCCCCUUGGUGAAGUUUUGCAGGACGCCUCUUCAAACUCCAUUCGUACACACUUUCGAGGCAUUUUAUUGUACACUUCUCUGUACACUCGUCAACUUCCCAGUGCCACGUGUCACUGCUGGUUGACCAUAGUGUAGCUGUGAUACAACCCUAGUGCCUGUAAAUCCAGCGGGAUUGCGUAAAAUACCUGUCUUCAAAAAAUAAGACCAGUCUUGUGAUAAGACAUUAUUGCCUGGUUUAGUUUAAAAGAUUGCUUAUGAUAAAGCAUAUCGGCUUGAUAUCCUAUACCAAGGCCCUGCGAUAAUGCGUUAGUCUUAAGUACAACUCAGUGCCUUCUGUGUUAGUGCCUUCUAAUAUCAUGUGAUACAUGAUGAGAAAAGUUACAUAUAAUAUAUGUGCUUCAGAGACAUUUUAUAUUUUCCAGAAAGUCCUGCACAUGAUUGUGUGCAUGCAUUAUCAAUACUGGCUUUUAUGAGAGUAUAUGGAUAUGCAAAGAUGUACAUAUUUAAAUAUUUACAGUGAAUGUAUGGAUGUAUACAUGUGCAUAUAUAUAUAACAUCUAUCUAUAUAUUAUAUAUAUAUAUAUAUAUAUAUAUAUAUAUAUAUAUAUAUAUAUAUAGUAUAGUGUGUGUGUGUGUGUGUGUGUGUGUGUGUGUGUGUGUCUGUGUGUGUAUUAUACAUAUAGUGAAUAUAAAAUAUAUAUAUAUAUAUAUGUCCAUAUUUUAUAUUUAUAUAGUCUAUUUAUUUCUGGAUGCCUUGACAUUGUAUCUGUAUAAACCAUUACGUAUUUUCCUUGUUAUUUUGGUAGAGAGAGCAGUGGCUCAGACCCCAUACUUUCAUAGGCUACCUUGUUGAUUAUGUAUGUUCCCAAGAGUUCCGUGCUUCCUAAAUCUCCAAAUCUUAUCAUAGGAGUCCAUGUUUAAUGCUAAUGGUUAAUGUGACAUGACAUGAGACAUGAGCAUGGCAUCUAAUGAAAGUUACUGAAAUUUGCGAUCCUGUAUCUGUUACCCAAAGGCUGGUAGUGUUAAGCAGCUAAUAUGUAGACUAUUUUAUUUACCACAUUGUGAUAAUACUGUAAUGAGGUUGAUUUUUUUUUUUUCUUUUUUUUUUUCUUACAAUUAAGGCAUGCAUCGCCUCUUGAAAGUACUUCUUCUCUUCACCGACAAAUUAUUUUUUUUCCCUUGGAGAAUUGUUCAGCACUCUACGCUGACUGGUCUCCCUUCUUCCAUAUCGUCGCUGCGGCUCUUCUGCCCACCGUGCCGGCUGUUUCCUCCAAUGUGCCAGCUGGUCCUUCCCGUUCACCAGCUGUUCCUUUCAGCAUUGUGGCUGCUCCUUCCUACAUACUACCUACAGCAUGCUGACUGUUCAAUCUAAUGUACGAGCUGCUCCUUCCAGCAUACUAGCUAUUUCCUCCAGCACACCAGUGGCGGCUGAAACCUUUAGUAUACCGGCUAUUCCCUCCAGUGUACCGCCUGUGUCCCAGCGUACCGGCUGUUCCCUCCAGCGUGCCUCGCGAUGGAAGUUAAUUAGGUUCGCGUAUGUGUACAUACCGUCCUCAUUAGUACAUUUUUUUUCAGCGUGCUGGUAUGUGGCAAGACUUUACGAUACCGUGGCGCCUAUUUCCUGCGUUAGUUAUAUUUUUGAUAAGAGGAAGGGUAAAAAGUUGACGUUUCAGGAAGUAGAUAAGAAUUAUCGCAGGGGUAUUUUGAAAAGUGAACAUCCGUACCAAAUUAUAUAUAUCUUUUAUCAAGGCACCAUGUCGAAGUGUACAUGUAAGAAUGACAGUCACCAAGAAGUUACUUGGCAAAGUCCAGUACAAUCAGUAUUUAUUCUGCUUGAAACGGGAACGUACCUUUUGGCCUUAUGUUCACUAAAUCAUAUAUUGUUAUACAAGCUUAAUUAUUUUUGACAGACAUCGAGAUUGUAAGUGAAGUAUUUGAAAGGAACUGAAUAUCGUAUUAUAAACAAGUAUUGUAUCUACACACACGCGCACACACA